AUGCGGCUUCAAGUAGGACGAUCAAAUUCAAGUAAUAUAGAUAUAAGAGAAUUUUCAGAGUGGAUAUUAAAAAUUGGAGAUGGCACGGUAGGAGAGCCAAAUGAUGGUGAAGGUACUAUAGAAAUUCCUGAUGACAAUCUGAUAAAGGAAGCAACAAAUUCGAUCGAAGCAAUUGUCGAUAGUACUUAUCCAUCUAUUCUUCAGAAUUUGUGGGAUCCAAAAUACUUUCAAGAGAGAGCAAUUCUAGCACCAACUCACGAAAAUGUUGAAGCUAUAAAUGAUUAUAUGUUAUCUAUAAUGCCAGGUGAAGAAAUAGAGUACUUGAUUUCUGACAGCAUAUGUCAAGCAGAUACAACCAUGGGAAUUGAAUAAUUUUAUCCACCCGAGUUCCUAAACACCAUUAGAUGCUCCGGUUUGCCAAAUCACCGGCUAAGAUUGAAGGUUGGUGUUCCUGUCAUGCUUCUCAGAAAUAUUGAUCAGUCUUCUUGCUUGUGUAAUGGUACCCGAUUGGUGAUAACUCAGCUAGGAAAGUAUGUUGUUUAAGCCAAAAUAAUUUCAAGUAGUAACAUUGGGCAUAAAGUGUUCAUUCCUAGACCGGUCCUAAGCCCAUCGGAUACUACCGCUUUGCCAAUUAAGCUUCAACGUAGACAAUUUCCAUUGGUAGUUUGUUUUUCUAUGACGAUAAAUAAAAGCCAAGGUCAAUCACUCUCACAUGUUGGUUUAUAUCUUCCAAGACCGGUUUUUAGUCAUGGUCAACUUUAUGUUGCAAUCUCCAGAGUUACAAACAAGAAAGGUUUGAAGGUUCUAAUAUGUGAUAAGGACUGAAAUAUUGCUAACACUACAAACAAUGUAGUAUACAAAGAAGUAUUUCAAAAUUUGCCAUGAGAAGGUAUUACUCAACACUACUUAAUAAAUAAAUUAAUAUUCAUCAUUUGCUAACGUUGUUUAAAAUCUACAUUGUUAAACUCUCUAACUUUUUUUGUAAUCAAUUUUUACAUUGCAUUGCUACAAUUCAUGGACUUUUAUUAAUCCCCAACAAAUGGACGAAGUAGGUAGAAAUUGAAAGGCAUUAAGUACUUUAAUUAGAUUUUUGUGGUUAGAUUCGAAUAAUUUAACUUUUAUUCAAAUAUUGUAUGUGUUGGUCUGGAGCUUAAAUUGAUUUGUUUGUGAUAUUUUUUUCUU